AUGAGUGCUAAAAACAGGCAGGUUUGUAUCUUUGCUGAUGAAGUGGAAGUGAUCAAUUACCUUGCAAGCACAAUUCAGCAAUCAGCCAAUGAAGUCCUGCAAGAGCCUGCUGUGUGUUUCUUCAUUGGAGGUUCAGCAGCAAAGCUGGUAUGUGAAGCAGUGACAAAGAUACAGAGUGACUGGAGCCGAUGGCGGGUUGCUUUCUGCGACGAACGUUUGGUACCCAGUACACAUGAGGAGUCCACUUAUGCUGCAUAUGCAAAGUAUCUGCAGAAUAGCAAUCCAACUCUCCUGAACAAUUUCAUUAAGGUGGACACUUCUCUGCCAGUGGAUGAAGCUGCCAGGGAUUAUGAGCAAAAACUUCAUUCCUUGAUGUCAUCUGAGAAAGGAUGCUCAGACUUGAAGUGGCCCCAUUUUGACAUUCUUGUAUUGGGAGUUGGGGAAGAUGGUCACACUGCAUCCUUGUUCCCCAGUCAUCCCCUCCUUGAUGAAGCAUCCAAAUGGGUGGCACCCAUCUCUGACUCCCCCAAACCACCACCAUCACGUGUUACUCUCACUUUGCCUGCAAUUUGGGCUGCAGGAAAAUGCAUUUUUCCUGUCAUUGGAGGUGGCAAGGCAGACAUUCUCAAAAGGAUAUUAUGCCCUGGUGAUGGGGGGGAGAAUCUCCCAGUACAUCGAGUGAUGCAGUCCUCAAAAAACACUCUCUGGAUACUGGAUUCCAAGUCUGCUGAAAAACUUGAAGAAUUUUUCUGAUCUUUGCAUGUCUCCACUUUUGUCAGGUUGUCAGGGUGAACAUUCCUCAAAGAUAAAAAUUAUUUCUUUUA